UCCCGCACUGUUUACCCACUCGAUUGACGUUGUUAUCUCGCUCACUCUUUUUCUCUCACAAUAACAAACGCGUGUGCGUACGUGCAAUAUGUCAUACUCUCUCGCACUGCCGUUCGGCGUAUUGCACGCCGUCUGCCGACGGGACACGCCGUCGCCGCCGCUGCGGGCCGACCGGACGUAAACCUACCACACACGUGUCACGACUCACCGAGUACCGACGCGAACAGUCUCGUUUUGGCGAUGCGGUGUUGUUUUGUUAUCGGUUCGUUAUCGUCAUUGCACCGCGACCGCGUUAAGAUCCUGUCAGCACCACGGAGACCGUAAACACCGUUUUUGAAUAGACAUAGUGUAACGGAAAUAUAAAUAACCAUUUCGCUGCAAAAAAUGAACACAGCAGCAUCAGAAAACGUCAAAAUGACUGACUCGACUCCCGAAGAAACAGGAGAUAGAGUCAGGCUCAAAAAACAACUUGGUCUCCUCGAAGGCGUUGCUAUCAUUUUGGGCAUAAUAUUUGGAUCUGGUAUAUUCAUCUCGCCAUCGGGCGUGAUGACAGAAGCUGGAUCGGUCGGCCUCAGCUUGACUAUGUGGAUCAUGUGCGGCAUGUUGUCCAUGAUCGGCGCACUGUGUUAUGCCGAACUGGGCACGUCCAUACCGCGGUCGGGCGGCGAUUACACGUACCUGUUCGAGGGAUACGGACCGCUGCCAGCGUUCCUCUACCUGUGGGACGCCAUGCUCGUGUUUGUGCCAACAACCAAUGCCAUCAUGGGACUAACGUUCGCUAACUACGUGAUCAAACCGUUCUUCCCAAACUGCGACAACCCGGAUCAAGCGGUCAGACUUCUGGCGGCUGCCGUGAUUUGUUUCAUAACUUUCAUCAACUGUUGGAACGUCAAGACCACUACUAAAGUUCAAAACGUGUUCAUGUUCACCAAGAUAUCCGCCUUGGUAUUGAUCAUCGUAUGCGGCGGCGUUUUCCUGUGCUCAAACGGAUUUUCCAAAUUCAUGAACCCUUGGCAAGGAUCAGUCACAGAUCCGGGAAGACUGGCCGUCUCCGUUUAUUCCGGCAUAUACUCGUACUCAGGAUGGAACUAUUUGAAUUUUAUGACCGAAGAACUGAGGAACCCUUACGUGAACCUGCCAAGAGCCAUUUACAUUUCCAUGCCGUUGGUGACCAUUAUCUACGUGUUGGCCAACGUUGCUUACCUAGCCGUUCUGACGCCGCAUGACAUGGUGUCAACUAAAGCAAUUGCAGUCACAUUUGGCCAUUUGGCAAUGGGUUCGUUCGAAUGGAUCAUGCCGUUGAUGGUUGCCCUAUCGGCAUUUGGCGGUCUGUGCGUUCACGUCAUGACUUCAUCCAGAAUGUGCUUUGUUGGAGCGCGAUAUGGUCACUUCCCAUCAUUUUUGUCACACAUCAAUGUAGAAAGGUACACACCUACCCCAUCUUUAGUGUUUUUGAACAUAUUAUCUCUACUCAUGCUCUUUACAAGUGAUGUCAGCAUGCUUAUAACGUAUUCAAGUAUUGUAGAGGCAUUCUUCACAAUGCUAUCAGUAUCAUCAGUAUUGUGGAGCCGAUGGAAGCGUCCAAACAUCAACAGACCAAUCAAGGUUUCCCUUUGGAUCCCAAUCACAUAUGUAAUAGUGUCAUUAUUCUUAAUUGUAUUGCCAUGUUAUGUAAAACCUUUUGAAGUUGGCAUGGGAGUUGGCAUCACCUUGUUGGGCAUUCCAGUAUACUAUCUAUGUGUAGUUUGGAAAAAAAAGCCUGUGUGGUUCCAAAAUACAUUAAAGCAUGUUACGUUCACCAUUCAAAAGUUGUUUGUUAGUGCCAAAGAAGAAAAAGAAGAAGAUAUUUGGGAAUAAUGAUAUGGAUUUCUUAAUUUUACGAUCUACUUGUCAAUUAUUGAUUUUUGAUGGUUUCAAGUGUUCACCUAAAACAUUUUCUCUCAAAACAUUUAAAUUUUCCAGAUUUAAUUUACUCUCAUGUUUUUUUUUUUUUAGUA